GCAUCUUCUCGCAAUCGCAUUCAUCGCAUCGCAUCUUCGCAUUUUCUGGUCCCCAUAGGGUCGCGUCCAGUUGCCACGUCGGACGGCAUCCAACGAGUUAGACCUCGCCACGUGGGGGGAGCUAACUAACAUUGGCCUCUGUCUUCCUUUUCCCCCUUUUGGUCGUGUCAUUGUUUUUUUAAUUUUAGACCUAAAGUAGGCUAGAGCUCUCCCGGGAGGAGGAGAAAAGAGGGCAACGAAGCAACGCAAAUGGCGGGCAUUCUUCGUUAGGGCGCGGCGGUAAGCAUCCUGUCCCGUCACUCACUCUCUCUGUGCGGCCGCCCAAGCCCAAAAUCGAUCAAUCCAUGAUGGGGGAGGGAGAAGAAGAGGAGGAAGAUUUGCUGCUCCAAGAAUGCGGCGGCGGCGGUGGUGUGGGCGGCGGCAAGGAGAGCAGCAGUGGCAGCAGCAGCAGCAGCAGUGACCACAUUCUCGUGAGCCUGGGCGCGCUGGUGCCCGAUCAAGACGAGGCCGCCCGGCUAGUGGCGGCGGCGUCGCACUACCACUGCCACGCGCUGCGCGGCCACACCCAGUGCAGCAACGUGGUACCGCAGUGGAUCCAGGCGCCGGUGGCGGUGGUGUGGUCGGUCGUGCGGCGCUUCGACAGCCCCCAGGCAUACAAGUGCUUCAUCCGGGGCUGCGUGCUGAGGGAGGGCGACGGCGUGAGCGUGGGCAGCACCCGCGACGUGACGCUCGUCUCGGGCCUGCCCGCCAGCUGCAGCACCGAGAGGCUGGAGAUCCUGGACGACCAGCACCACGUCCUCAGCUUCCGGGUGGUGGGCGGCGAGCACCGCCUCAGGAACUACACCUCCGUCACCUCGCUCCACGCCACCACCGCCGGCGGCCGCGACGCCACCAUUGUGCUCGAGUCCUACGUGGUGGACGUGCCCGCCGGCAACAGCAAGGAGGAGACGCUCACCUUCACCGACACCGUCGUGCGCUGCAACCUCCAGUCCCUGGCCAAAGUGUGCGAGCAUCUGGCCUUGCAGCAGCAGCAGCAGCACCAAGAUCGAUGAUACGCUACGAUUGUCGAUCGAUGAGCGAUCGAUCCCUCUCGCCCCCCCUCCCGCUCACAAGAUCUUAUGGCCGGAUCAACGUAACAUACUUACGUGCGUACAUGCAUGCUAUGCGCGAUGAUAUUGGAGAUUUUUUUCAUGCUUUUCAAAGAAGCACAACACUUCUGGGGCUUGGACAAAAGGGACAGUGCAACAUUUGGCCGAUAGAUGUAUCAUCACCUCUUGCA